AUGGUACGUUACUACAACUUAAUUUUGGUGGCAGUUUUUAGCUUGGAAAGUUUAGCGCUAGUUCCGUUAAAAAAUGGCAACGUUACGGAUAACCUCUCUUUGGUGAACAAGGCCGGAGGCGUUUUAAAUCUCGCAGACGUUCACAACAUUCCUGAAUAUCUCGUAAAGAUGUACGAAGUCAAUCAGAAGAUUAACAAUGGAAUUGUUAAGGGAAACUCAGAAAGGAACCCUCCAAUGGUUCACUGUUUUAUUGGACAAGGUAAUUAAGCAAAGUUAUACGUAUAGCUUUAAGCAUAAAACAAACCACCAGGUUUGUGGGAAGUUGCAAAACGAACAAAUUUCACCCCUUCCAGUUUAAAUGUAGUUAAUUUGGUUUAGAAAUGAGAUAUACUCACAUCCCCUUCACUGCGCUUUUGAAGAGCACUUAGGAACUAGUUAGGAACUGCUAUGUACAGUUGAACGUCCAUAUCUUGCUCAGAAGAAGGGAUACACUGGCAGCCUGCUGAAAUCAGUGCAAUAAAUAUUUUUAGUUAUAGUGUAUCGAACCUUGUUUGUUUUUCUGUCUUUGCCGAAAUAAGUUAAAGGGUUUAAGGUGGUCUAAAAAGAGGAAGAACCCCCUUUGUUAGUAUAAAUACACUAUGCGAAAAAAAAAAAAAAAAAUCAGCACUCGUAUUGAAGUUUGCAUCAGCUUCCCCCAAGAUUCGUAUACAUACAAAGAAUGCUCGCCUUUUCUUCCCUACGGCUCCAGCGUUUCUUUAUGUAAUUUCUUCUGGUUCGGCAGCUAGCCGGGGUCGGGGGGGGGUUGGGAGAGGGGGACAAAAAUUUGUGGGGAUUCAGCCCACCUCUUCCAUUUUUCGGUGCCGAAAAUAUUGCAAGAACAAUGUAAUAGUUCUGUUUGAUACAUAUUCAGGCUCGUGAUGCUUUCACUAAUGGUUUUCAUUAAUGACGACAGCGCGUAGCGAAAUAAUAUGUUGUUGGACAACUCUGGCCUGUUUUCGAAAAGCCAAACAGCAGCUAAAUGUUUCCACUAAGACCAUCGCUAGGAAACAGAAAUGGUCUUUGUAUGGUACCUAAUCGAUUAUGUCAGCUGAAAGAGGUUUGCCGGCCAGUACCAAGGAGCCACGCAAACGAAGUUUUGGGAAACUUACAUUUAAGUAUGAGCUUCGCACGAUGUACGAUGUCCCUCCCCUUCUCUCCAUUCCCUCCUUCACCUCCCUCGCGCUCAAAACGUUCCGCGCCACCAUGUAUUAUCUUUAGGAUUCAUUUUUAGUUAUUUAGAGUUUUUUUCACAGUGAUAAUUGAAAUCAGAAAAAAAUUUAGUAAUUUUAGCUACGACUAAACAGCGCUGUUCUGUGAUGAGGUCCGUAUUCAAACUACAAAUGGUAGACAUCGAAAUUGACCCUUCCUUGGGGGAGUGAGUGCCCCCCUGUUUCGAAAGCCAGCUUUUUGCUUUCCGCCAUCUGUAUUUUAAUAAUAACUGUGUGGAAAUCAAGUUGAAGAGCACUUAAUACUAAGGGAUCAUGAUUUUUUAACAUGUUUUUUUCUCAGUGGAGGGACCGGCUUGCAAAGUAUCUAAGUCGGAAGGCCAUCCUCUCUAUCACAUCCUUGCCAAAUUAAAGCAAAGGAGACUAACUACAAGCUGCGUCGUAGUUCUGCUCUUAGGCCGAAAUUAACACCCAAAGGUUUAUGAACACUUUUAUGAAUCGUCGUUUAAUAUUUAAUUAUAACUUAGCCAUGUCCUUUUACCAUUUUUCCAUCGUCUUUUUAACACAAUAUUCCUUAUUUCUCAGCUAUUUAUUUUUUAUCUUUGUAACACUUGGCUCUUUUCUUAAUAGUUUUUGCAACAGAGAAUAUGUAUUUCUAUUCUAUGAAAUAAAGACAUAUAUUAUUAAAUCGAACAACAGUACCAAACGAUAAGAUAAAAUAGAAACGUUAAAAUUCUUAAAAUAGCACCUUAAAGGUUUUCGUGCCCCGUGUCACCAUCUUUAAGAUCUCUAAAUCUCAAAAAACCCAAACAAACCCGUAGAACUUCCUGUUUCAGGAAACUAUUACUUGCUCAUCACGGCAAUAAAGUUCAGGGCAAAUCUCACGCUAUGGAAAAGCAAACGGCAUCAUGCGAAGUACUUCCCGAAAAAAAGAUUUCAUUUAAAUGGUCAUGUGGAGGGGUUUCGUCCUCAGAGUGAAGGGUUAGAAAUACUCUUAAAACCCAUAGCACGUCGCAAUAAUUGACUCCGCCCGGACAACAACAUGGAGAGACAUGGUUCCGUUUCCGGAAUAAUACCUGAUCUCUCAAGUUAAAACAAUGACUAAGAAUGAUGUUUUUUUUUUUUUUCUUAUUUGAAUUUUUUAUGAGGUAGGGGUUGCAAAACUCAUUGACAAAAGUUCUUCCGAUUUGUAUCGGUAGCUCGCUCAAAAACGCUUGCUUCGGGCGUCUCGGAUAGGCCUCGGAUGAAACCGAUGUAAUUUACUUAGAGGCUACAACAACUGUUAUUGGGUCAAAAGUAACAACCUCUCCUUUCAAAUAUAAACAACGGGAAACAACGUAUCGUUGGUUUUCACUGUUUCGCCUAUCAAGAAUAAAAAUCAAAACCCUUAGGGUCAAAUCAGGGUAGAGUCUGGGAAAUGAAAAAAGACAAAUAUGCUAAAAUACCCCCCAAUAAUCAGGUCUGUGCGAUUUUUCAUAUGCGAGAAAAGUGUUUUACCAAAUUUUAAAAGCUGAUUGUGUAGAGCUUUGAGGGGCACAAACAUGGCGGCCGGAAACCUACAGGAGCAUCUGUUUUUUAGUUUUGCUACAAGAUCGUGGAUCAUCGCUUUGUAUUAAAGCAAUGUCAUGAAGAGUAAGGUUAUUCUGAGACAGAGACUGUUCAGAUAGCAAAAUCUCAAAAGUUCGGUAACAUUUCUAACCUAUGAGAGCUUUCUUGGCCGCCGUAAUGAAAUGCAUGCCUCGGCACGCAAAAGCUUGGAAAUUCAAGUGUACUCUAUCACAGAAGAAACUCUUUGGAACGAAAAAUUUGUACCAUGAAUUAAACGUGCUAAGCUGCUGUAACCUCACGAAAGUAAAUAGUCAGACGAGUUGCUACUUCUUUGGAAAUUUGAAUUUUGGUGAACGGUCAUGUGAAAACCGAGAAUCCAAACCUGUAAUUAUAAUAUGAUAUAAUUGUGAUGAAAGAUAUCAGCUACUUACUACUAAGGUACAACUACCAAGAAAAGCACUAAGAGAAAAAAGUCAAUAUAAAAAAAAGUGUCGGACUCAUCAGGCUACAACAGCUACAACCUGCUACAACAGGUUCCCUUUCAAAUAGGCCAGAGUGCAAGUGUAAGCUUCACAAAACUCGAACUCGGAGCACUGUCAGAUUUCUCCACCAGACAAACACCCACAAAAGCUCUACUAUUCUCCAUUGUCAAGAUUUGACAUGGAUUAUGAAGAGUCUAUGAAAUAAAGAAAUACUUGUUAUGUAUAUAUUUUUACAAUAGAGUUUCUUUCUUUUACAGCCACUACAAAACUCAAUACUGUCUUCUUCAAUCUCAGCGCUUCCGACAUUGGAACUGAGGAGAGGAUCGUUUCAGUUCAAAUCCGUGCACUUAUUAAAACGACUGUUCCCGAUUCACCCCUCCCUCAGCGUGGACGACUUGUUCUGUAUGACGGGCUUUCUCGUACAGCCGUUUAUUCCAAAGCACUCCAGGGGGGUGGUACCAGGUGGUACGUGUUUCCCGCUCGUGCUUUGGUAAAAAGGUGGAUAUUCUCGUCUCAUCUAAAUCAUGGUGUAUACUUCAAGGUGAAAUCGCAUGUCCCGCGCGUGAAGCAGUCUCUGUUAGUUGACGUGAACGUAAAAGCCCCAAGAAAUAAGAGGCCGCUGCUGAUUGUGGAAACUGAUAACACAAAAGUGCAAGGAAUUAAAGACAUAACAUCCUUGAUGAGGUAAAAAGGGAGCCCUUGUUGGAACUAAAAUACUUUUAUUCUUAUCAAACUGUAGCUACUCAGUUUAGCACCUUUUAUGGAAAAAAUUGGCAAACUCUAAGCACAUUUGUUGCUUAAUCUAAAAUUAGCACCGUCAGAAUCAGAUUACGUACUACGAGUAAAGUUUCAAGAACAACGGAGGGUACGGCAGAGAGCAAACCCGAUGUAUUAACACAGGUUCUGUAGCCUAUUUCAAGCGUUCAGAUACAUAAUGGACUGCUGCGCAUAGUCAGAAAGCGGAAAAAAGAGAAAGGGAGAGGGAACCUACACCACUCCUCGUUGUUUUUACUGCUCACCGGGUCUCUUUGCGCCGUCCUUCACAAUAAUUAUGUUGUAGUGCGCGCAUUUCAUAGGAGGUUCAAGAGAACUCAAAAAGGGCAGGACGGCAAGCACUUCUCCUGUAAUUUUAAAAUUCUCGCGUGCCCAUAUAGCUAAACAGCGCACCCUCCGCUAAAAAUUCCUUUUUCCAAAAAGCGUCAGAUCUGGGGAGUGACGGUAUGGAAUCCCAACGCAGAGACGUCUUUUUGCAGGGAAAACGCAAUACUGCUAUAUCUAAACAUGCGCCCUUACCACUAGCAAGAAAAAAAUCAACGGUAAAAUCGAAAGACCUGCAGUUUCAGGGUCGUUAUGACUUCAUUUUCUAGCUCAAAUUAAAAAAAAAACAAUAGCCACAUCCUAAAGACUUCAAGGCGAGCCGAGUCAAAAUUAAUAAACGUGCCGACGGUAAUAUCUGGAUAAUUUUAAAAACAAAAAUCUUGAGAUAAAGCUCUUGAUAAGAAUGCUUGGUAGGAUUAUUUUGGCAAACACUAUUCUUGGAGACCCGACAGGAAGCUUGCUGCGACAAGAUACCGCAGUAACAGGCAUGCGCAAUUGCCUACAGUAAAAGCGAGUUUACGGCAAGAAAGAAAGAAAUUAGCCUGCCAAAAAAAAACCAGCCCAUUUCUCUCUAGCCUGCGAAGACAGCCGUUUUCCCUCAUCGCUGCUGGGGACGUUUCGCGAGGGGGAACGUCUGCGUCUUAACGGCAGAAAUUCCAUACUGAUGACGUAAAUCAACGUUUACGUAAUAAAUUCGGUAGUCAUGGGAUUCCAAAUGCAAAUUUGUUCAAUUUUACGUUUCUCCUGAUCGAUUUUGGUAAAAUGUUGUGUUCAUCUGCGAACGAGCUCCAGCAAACCUCAAAUGUUUCUUCUAGAGCAGCCUACAUUCCACAAAUAUUAACUGUUUCGUUCAAGAUUUCGCGUUUUCAUUUGACCUUUGUGGCCUUUUGUCUGUCAUUCGCAAACAACACCUAAAACAAUGUAACUUCUCCGUCGACCAAUCAGCGCUCCUGACCAGAUUCCGGAAAGUUUUACGUCAUAAGUAUGGAAUUUCUGUUCCUCCCCACGAAACGUCCCCCAACGGUGACGAACGAGGAGAAACGUCUGUUUUCGCAGACUAGAGAUGAGAGUUCCGGUGGGCACCUGUAGUUUUAAAGAACCAGUUCUAGACAAGAGAGAAUAAUGGAACAGUAGGGAAAACGACCAGUCUAGUUCUUGAGAUAUGUAAAAUUUUGUCUGCAUACAAUGUUUUCCUCAGUGAAUAUUUUGUCUGGAUUAGAUGCCUCCGGGGCUCCGAGGAUGAUAUCACCUGUUCUUGGCGACACAGCGAACGCCCUUACAGGCAUCUGAUCCAUACCUUACAGACGAACCCUAGAGAUCCAAAGAGACUCAGGAACAUACGAUUGUUAAGUUGACGUUUAAAAGUUGUAGCAAUAUGUUUCAAGAUGUUGCUAUUCUGUUUUUUUUUUUUUUUAUGGAAGAAUAGUAUCUUAAAUGAGCAUAUUUUUCUUUAAUUGUAUAGUGAAACAAAGAAGAUGACAAGCCGCAUAUCUAGACGUCCCCGUGCAAUUGUUCGUGAUGAUGGUCCCUGUUCUAAACGUCCCAUGACAGUGCACGUCAGAAAACAUCUUAACAUGAACGAGGUUCUCAUUCCUCGUACCUUCGAGUCCUUCCGGUGUGGAGGAGAAUGCACAUUUCCAUUGGACAAAAGCGUAAGUUCCCAUUUUUAGAUUUCAUUUUCGUGAAAUUUAAUGUAGACAAUCAGCAUUUCUUUGUUUUUUACGAUCGGAUAGACUUGCUACAAGGUCGACCUCUAAUAAGUCCGGUUAAAAGCGAGCUUGGCGAGUUUCAAUGAGGAAAAGUGAGCGAAGAGGGCCUUCAAUGCGAUCGCAAAGCGGGCAUCAGGAAAAAGAAAAUGAAAACUCACCUUUACAAAGUCUAAGGAUCGGGAUAAAUUAGACAGACCGAAGGCGAGAGCAGUUAUAAUCAUGUUACGGUAUUUUUAUUGCAAGCGCUUCCUAAUAGAUGCGGCUUUUGUUUGAAUCUGUCGUUUGUUAGUGCGGGACACAAUUUUUCAAGAAAGGUUUUUUAUUACCUUUUUUAUCACAUCCGUGCUUGUGUCCUGUCGCCCCUUAUACCUUUAGUCAAUUCUUUCUUGCUUUAGUCUACUUCACCACAAAUAACUAUUAUUGUUGUCUAAGGGAUGUUUUCAGUUUUGUUCUCUGUAAGAUCCGAUGUCUAUUCGGAGUUGGAAGUUGUAUUGAGAUUAAUCUAUUAUCGUCAUACAUAUUCUCCACGAUGAUCUCCAAACAUUUCCUUUCAUUUUCUCGUGUUACUUUGUGAUGGUUUUGUCUACUCUACGAUCUUUUAUACUGCACUGAACAGUCGUUUGGUUUUCAUUAAAAUCGACUUUAAAAAAGCGAUUUUGAGAAAAAACUAAACGACUGUUUUUCAGUCUAAAAGAUCAUAGGAAUAGACAACACGAUCACCAAGUGAACUGAAAAGGAAGGUUGUGACUGGAAAACAAACCAAACUUCAAAGUCCUGAGCACUUUUUGUUUGUCCGAUCCCGAGUUCUUGACCUGCGCGCUCUGUUCGUGAUAAUGAGCUCUCCCUUAUUGGGCGGGUGUCCGUAAAGCGGGGUUCUACCGUAUUAGCUUGAAAUGACUGCCACUGAUUUUCUCGGCCCAGGUCCACCCGACUGGACAUGCUGUAAUAAGGACGAUACUACAUUCAUCUGGAUUGGAUCAGGGCGCUGGUGAACCGUGCUGUGUGCCAGUGAAACUUAGAGGCCUAAGUGUGUUUGUGGAAAAAACGCCUGGUGCAAUAACUAUCAGGUCCUUUCAAGGGAUGGUUGUUGAGGAGUGUGGAUGCCGCUGA